CAACCGUCCAAAGUUUUAGUAAUUAAUAAGCAAAUAAAUAAAGUUAUAAAUAAUAAAUUAAAGAUUAAUAGCAAGUAUCAAACAAGAAUUAUUGUUUUUAAAUAAAACUUAUAUCCAACAAUAAAAGAAGCACAAUUUAUUAAAAUGAAUAGAUCAGGCCUUUCUCCAAAUGGAUCAACCAAAUACGAUUCUUACCAAAAAGAUGUUCUUAUAUCUACUCUUUAAGCUUAAAUUUUUGAAAUGAGAUAAAACGAAAAGGACUUCCAAGAACUUAAUCAUCAUCUUAAGAAUCUUGAGCACAGAUAUAACAUUCUUUCUGAAGAAAAGUCUAGAAACGAAAUAGAUGCUAGAAAUAAGCAGGCUGCUCAAGCAAAAACCAUCUCUAUUUACAAGAAUGAUAUCGAAACUCUAAAAUAAAGUUUAACUGAGAAGCACAUAGAACUUUAAGAAUUGCGUGCUGAAAAUAUGGCAGUUAAGGAAAUAUCAGACAGACGCUAAUUAGAUAUUCAAAGGUUAAAAAAUGAAUUAUAACACACCUCUGACUCUUUACAAAGAGUGAACAAUGAAAGAAAUAUUCUUGAGCAAGAACUUUCUUAUUAAAAAGACGAAAAUAGAAAGCUUCGCAGUGAAAAAGAUUAGAUCUCAAACACCUGCGAAACUCUCAUUUAGAAAAAUGCCCAACAAGAAAAAUUAAUAGCAGAGUUAGAUCAAGACAGAGAACUUCAAGAGCAAGAAAGAGUAAAGCUCUUCUCUCAAAUAGAUUAACUUUAAGUUGAAUUGCAAAACGUUUAAGAAAGUGUUAGAUUCAAUAACUUACAAAUAAAUGAUAAAGAUUCAUAGAUCAAUCAACUUUAAAAUGAAGUUCAAGAAUUAUAAAGUAUCCGCGAAAGAUUAAGAUCUGACAACAAUAAUUUAUAGAGAAAUUUAUAAAAUGAAAACUCAAAGGGUCUUGAAUAUAUUUCUAAAAUUUCUGCUCUUGAAUCUUCUUUGAAAACCAAAGAAUAAUUUAUUGAUGAAUUGAAGAGAGAUCUUGAUAAGCUCAAUUUACUCUACUCUGAAAGAAACGAAAAUGUUGAUGCUUUGCAAUUAGAGUUAGAAACAUAUAAAAGAAGCUACGAGGGAUUAGUUCUCCAAAAUUAAAAGGUUAUUUAAGAAAUGGAAAGCUUCUAAGAUCAAGAUGAAAGAGUAAGAUCCAUUUUAAAUAGAAGAAGUAUUGUUAGGGAUUUAAGAUAAAAGCAUGAUAAUUUUAUUAGAUAAAGCUAAAAUGAUGCAAGCUAUGGCAGAAAUGCUCUAUCUCCUACACUUUAAGGCUCUAAAGUUAAUGAUGCAUACUGA